AUGGCUGAUACGAAUUCUGCGAACGACGCCCUUCGAAGCUCUGCAAACUGUGAUUCUGGAGAUUCAGAUGCCUCUCAAUACAUCAAAUUCUGCAUUCAAUUGGCAUAUAUUCUGCCAUUUGGAUAUUUAUAUUCCUCUUUUUUGAUAACAAUUAUUCGAAAGAAGAAGGAUAGAGAGCUGUUUGGAGACUCGUUCUUUACGCUACACUUGGUUGAUGGAAUUGUUGAUCCUGCCUAUUAUCUUACCCCGUAUUGGUCGGUCUACGUGUAUGUGCAACUGGCAAAAAUGCUAUCAACACUGGUAAUGAAUAUCAAUCGAUAUACAUCUGUCAGCUAUCCGAUACAGCACAAAUCGAUCUGGAUGCAGCACUGCUUCAAAUCGGUCCUUGCCAUCUUCCUAAUCCCUAUUAUCUUCACUUGGCCCGUUGCCAUCGCCCGCACCAGCUUUCUCCCACUAAAUGGUCAAUCUGUCAUCGUAUACGAUCACUAUUUCUCGUGGGCUCGAACGACAUACGGUCGACUGCUCAUUUCUACAGUAACCCUUGUCUUCAUCAUUUUCUCCAGUAUAGUCACUUCGACGAAAUUGAGAAAAAUGGGGAAACAUAUGAAACAUGUGGAAUUUUCGAUGACGGUGGCCACUUUGUUCACAUCGGCUGGGUUUACAGUGUUGUUGGUUGUGCAAUUCUUUUAUCUCAACACGAAAUUGGAUACAUUGACAACAUGGACAUGGACUCGGAUAUUGAUUGUUGGAGGGCAGCAAGUUGGAAAUGAUUUUUAUAUGUUGAGCGGCCCUGUGGUACUACUGAUUCUGGAUAAGAACAUACGAAAGUCGACAUUUCAAUGGAAACGAGGGAAAAUUGAUUCACAGACAAACGCGAAAGUUUCAGUUCAAUCGGCUCAACUCGUUACAAUUACUAAUUGA